GUCUUUUUAAACGUUAACAUCUCAGCCCGACGGUUGCGUUUUUACCACUGAGAUACUGGGGAACAGCUCAAUACGAGUAGCUGUUGGAGAGACGUGAUUAUGGCCGAGACGAACUCUGGGGAGACUUCUGGGCUCUACGACUUUGACGCCCCGUCUCAUGUGGACUUCAAGGAGCUUUUAGAUGCAGAAUUCGACGACCAUUGGUUUGACAAACAUGCUGACGGAGCAUGUCCUCAACUCGUCACCCCUGCAAGACCAGACCAGCAGUUGAUGGAGGCUGAUCAUUCUGGAGCUCAUGGGGAUGAAGUUGAGAAAGAUGUGAAAUCUGGUCAAAGCCAAGCUAAAUGCACCUCAUCAAACAUGAUCAGCUCCGAGGAGGCCAAAAAAUCAGGCCAGGCGAAGAGAGAGCCUGUCAAAGAACGCCAUGCACAGCCUCGCAGGAUUUCAAAACGUAAAGAGAUGAGCUGCAGUGCAGCUGCUCCUCCAGUAAAGAAAUCAAAAGGGCUGAGCAGCUCUGAAGAGCUGGAGUUGGAACGCAUCAGGAGCCUGCAGAGGGAAGUUGCUCUGCAUCGCAGGAAAAACGAGGCCAGCUACAAAGCUGCUCUGGCUGGCAAUCCACCACCAAAGAAGAUGUUGACGUCUGCGACUGUGCCUAAAGACUUCCACUUCAACACAGAGUCCCGCAUUAAAGCGCCCGCCUCAUCAAAUGCCUCGCAGAAGGAGGUGAAUUUCAUCAAUCAGCUGCGACAGCCCUCCUCCCCUGCCAAGGCGAGGAAAGGAGCCACGGUGCCCAAACCGUUCAACCUGUCAGCAGGUCACAAGAACUGUAAGGACGGGCCUGGUGUCUACGUUUCGAUGGCUCAGCUGGUAGAGCAGUUCCAGAAGAGGACCCCCACCCGCUACCACCUGCGCAGCCGCAGGACUCAAGAGAGAGGGCCGUCUCCGCUGAAGGGACAGCACCUGCACCUCACCCAGCCUCACUCCCCCCAGCUGAUGACCCGACAGAGAAGCCGUCAACCUUCUGUGAAGAGCAGUGCAGAGCUGGAGGCAGAAGAGCUGGAGAAACUUCAGAAGUUUAAAAUCAAAACCGUGGAGCUGAACAAGAAGAUUUUGGAAGGCCCCGAGGAGCUGAGGAAGCCAGCAGCGAAGGAGCCCACAGUACCUGAAGGAUUUGAGCUGGAGAUAGAGAAACGACUUCAGGAGAGACAGUUGAACAAGAAGUCGCAGGACAGGGAGAAGCCUCACAGUUUCAAAGCAAACCCCCUGCCCAAGAAGGUCCUGGAUGGUAUUGUGGGCUUGCCUGAGAAGAAGGUAACGUAUCCAACUGUACCAGAGUCUCCAGCAUUUGUCCUGAAGAAGAGAGUCCGUAUGGAGCGCAAGGUUGAGGAGGUAAAGCCACCCUCACCAGUCAAAGCCGUCUCCGUCCCCUACUUUGGGGUCCCGUUCCAGCCGCAGCUCUCCGAGAGCCAUCAGGUGGAGGUGUGUCCCUUCUCAUUCGAGCAGAGGGACAAGGAGAGACAGGCUCUGAAGGAGAAGAAGCUGGCAGAGUUGCAAAACGAAGAGGUGCCGCAUUUCAAGGCCCAGCCACUGCCAGACUUCCACGCAGUGGUCCUUCCUGAGAAGAAGAAGCCGGAGCCCACCAAGCCCGAACCUUUCAGGCUCCAGAUCGACGAGCGAGGAGCAGGCAGGCUCAGGCAGUGGGAGCAGAUGGUGAAGGAGGAGCAGAAGCAGCAGGAGGAGGCAGCUACGUUCAAAGCCAAGCCCAACACAGUCACUCAAAAAGAACCGUUUCGACCCAAGAAGGAGAACCGGACAUCAGUGGACAUUGAUCCUUCCGCAGCGGUGGAGCCCUUCCAGUUGGCCACAGAGCGCAGAGCCCAAGAGUGGCAGGAGUACGAGCGUCUGAUUGGUGAAAAGGAGGUGCUGAGGGCGCGCAUGGAGGCAGAGCAGAGGCUGGAGGAAGAGCAGAGAGAGAGGGAGGAGAUUGCCAGGCUGCGGCAAGAACAGGUCCACAAAGCUCAGCCCAUCAGACACUAUAAACCUGUUGCCGUGAAGAAGAGUGACGCUCCUCUCACAGUGCCAGAGUCGCCAAACUUCUCCAAACGCUUCCGGUAACAAGAAGCAAGACCCCUUUUAUGGCAACAUCCUUUGCAAAUAUGUUUUCAGUUUUUAACUGUUGCAAUGAGGUGUCUGAAAACCGCUUUUGUUUAUAGUUCUACUUGAUCUCUGCUUCAGCUGGUGCUUUAACUUUUCUCUCAUAUGUUGACUUUCUAGUGAGUUUCUUGGUAAAUUUUAGUGUUUUUUUUUUUCUUUGUUUCUUUUUUUAGGUUUUUGACAUGUAAACUUCCACAUGUAGUACAUUUCUGUAAUAAAACUUUUAUUCGAAAUCCUAGCUUGUCUGAAGGAUUUGAGCUUGAGAUGUAGCUCAAAUUUGUAUUUAUACAAAUCCAGAAUACAAAACUGGCAAAAAUGAUUUGGUGUUCCAUUUCAACGUUGCUGUUCUUGUGUGGCUUACAACAAAUAUGAAAAUGACUAUGCACUAAACCCGUGACUAUAAUUCAGCCUUUACUCUCCUCAGGCUCAAAACAAACGGUGCAGGGUGCAUUUUAGCAUCAAAAAAUGUUACUGUCCAGCAACAAACCUGAGCCUUUAACAGUCAUACAGCUUACAUCUGCUUGUUUGUGGUACAAAAUUCAGGUCAGGAAGCCUAAUAAAUAAAUAAAUCAAGUACUCUUCAUGUUUUACAUAUUUUCCUAAUUUAAGACACCUGAUUAGUUCAACAACUAGUUAAUCAGCCAUCAGUUGAAAUUGUGUGCUUGAAGUAGGGGAAGAUCUAAAACAUGCAGAGCAGUGUGCCUUCAGGACCGAAGUUGGGAAAUGCUACUCUGUUGCAUAUUACUUAAAAUGUGAGAAAGCUCAAUUAAAUGCAGCUUGAUUUUAGCAGUCUGACAACUGAAGGGUCUCUGAGUCUGGUGGUCUUGGUCUGGAAGCUCCUCAGCCCUUUGCCUUAGGGAAAGGGUUGGAAGAGUCUAUGUGCAGGAUGGGUGGAGUUCUAGAAAGUUGAGAAGAUCAUCUAGCAAAGAAUUUGCACAAGAACCCAGGGGAGCUUCACAAGGAGAAGUCUGAGGCUGCAGUAAGAACAUUAAGAGCCUCUACCAAGAUGAUUUGUAUUUUAUUUGGAAAUUUUAGUCUGAAGGAAGAGUAGAGAGAAUGACUUUGCUUGAAGUUUCCAUACUCAGUGAUGCUUUGGGCUAUCAUCUCCUGGUUCUGGUUCUCUCAGUCAGUCAUUUUUCCCCCAUAGACUGUCUCUAAUGGGUCAAUGCCAUAGUUGCACUAAUUCAGUUUAGUCUUUCUCUUUUAUGAAAACAUUGUGUGUGUAUAUACUAUAAAAAAGCCUUUAUUUUACACUUGUUUUAAAUAUAUUUCAGAACAAAGCUUUUUUUAUGUACAAACUUGGGUUUAAAACUGAUUCUGACUUUAACUGUAAGCUGCAAUCUUACAAGAAAUAAAGGCUGGGAAUAUUUCACUAUGUGCAGUGAACCUA